CCCACGCCCAACUUCCCCUUUAAACACACACAUCUGGCUUAUAACAGUUUCAGAUUCUCACAUUUUGCCCUAUCAACCACAACAAUGAGUACCGAUCUGAAAUCUAGAUUCCUACAAGUGUACGACACUCUCAAAUCGGAGCUAAUCAACGAUCCGGCCUUCGAGUUCGAUGAAGAUUCACGUCAGUGGGUGGAGAAGAUGCUUGACUACAACGUACCUGGAGGAAAGCUGAAUCGGGGCCUCUCUGUUAUUGACAGUUACCAAUUGCUUAAAGGUGCAGAAUUGACCGAUGAUGAGGUUUUCCUUGCAUCUGCCCUUGGUUGGUGCAUUGAAUGGCUUCAAGCAUACUUUCUUGUGCUUGAUGAUAUCAUGGAUGAGUCUCAUACACGCAGAGGUCAACCCUGUUGGUUCAGACUACCCAAGGUUGGUAUGAUUGCUGCAAAUGAUGGUAUAAUUCUUCGUAACCAUAUACCAAGAAUUCUCAAGAAACAUUUCCGAGGAAAGCCUUAUUAUGUGGAUCUACUGGACCUGUUCAAUGAGGUAGAAUUUCAAACAGCCUCUGGACAAAUGAUAGAUUUGAUUACUACACUUGUUGGAGAGAAGGAUCUAUCGAAGUAUUCAUUGUCUAUUCACCGCCGGAUUGUUCAGUAUAAAACUGCUUACUACUCAUUUUAUCUUCCAGUGGCCUGUGCACUCCUUAUGUCUGGUGAGGAUUUGGACAAACACGAGGAAGUGAAGAACGUACUUGUUGAAAUGGGUACCUAUUUUCAAGUGCAGGACGAUUAUCUAGACUGUUUCGGUGCUCCUGAGGUUAUUGGAAAGAUUGGAACAGACAUUGAAGACUUUAAGUGCUCCUGGUUAGUUGUGAAAGCUUUGGAACUUUCCAAUGAGGAACAAAAGAAAUUCCUACAUGAGAACUAUGGGAAAAAAGAUCCCUCUUCAGUUGCAAAGGUGAAGGAACUAUACCACACUCUAAAUCUUCAGGGUGUAUUCGAAGAGUAUGAGAACGCAAGCUACAAGAAGCUGAUCACUUCCAUCGAAGGUCAUCCAAGCAAAGCGGUGCAAGCGGUGUUGAAAUCUUUCUUAGGAAAGAUAUACAAGAGGCAAAAGUAGAAAUGGAAAAUUUUCAUGUUGUCUGUUGUGUGUUGCAAUAAGAUUAUUGUUUGUAAUUCUUCUUGUAUUCUCUAGAUAUGCUCAUUACUAAAAGCCCUUUGCUUGAUUUGUAGUGCGUAUUUAUUUUUAAUUUUAAAAAAAAUGUAAUGCAUUCAAAGGUUUUUGUUUUGUUUUAACUGCAAUUUCGUGUAGAAAAGUAGAAAUUUAUGUCUUUGUUCAUGAA